GCGUUCAGCUGCCAAUCUCUGUUUUUCAUCAAGAUCUUCUUUUGACAGUAUCCCGGAACAACGUAUUUUCGACCACAACAUGUUUUCGACCGGCCCCGAAGAAUAUGUAAAACACUUUUAUUUCGCGUAAUAUCCGGUAAAACACGCGCUGAUUGUUUACUUUACCUGACGAUCUGUCAACAAACUUCAUGUGAAGAAAAAUGGAAGUUCCAGUGGUAAAAAAACUUAAUAUUUACUUGAAAUAACACCAAUUAGUCAUUUUUAAUUAGUACCAAAUUUUCCCAUUGAUUCAGAAUGAAUUCACAUGAAAAACACUUGUUGAAAUUUUUGUUGUUGCCAUCUGUCAGAUUUUACAUAUCCAGCAGGACUAAAAACCUACGCCCUAUAGUUUUCAUAGUAUACUGCACAACAUAAAUAGCGCAACAAAAAAGAGUAUAUUGCUUAUACGCAGUUAUUGAACUUCAACUUUGCGUAGCACUAUUACAAUUUUAUUGGGCUCUUAUAUAUCAAUACUUUAUACAUAUUGCAGCCUAUGCAGGCCAGAAGGGGACCAUACAGAUUGUAUGAUGUUGAUUGCCUCACUCAGGCAUACAUUGCUGUAAAAGAAAAAGGAAUGUCAAUCAGAAAGGCAGCCUUGUCAUAUGAUGUACCAAAGACAACCCUUAUUGACAGACUCAGUGGAAGAGUUGGUAUUGAUGUCGUAAGGUCUGGACCUGUGACACUCCUCUCUCUGGAGCAGGAAGCAUUAUUGACCAAACACAUCCAAACUAUGGCUGAAGUUGGUUAUGGAUACAGCAGACAAGAAACAAUUGAUCUUGCAUCUGAUUAUGCUGUUAGUCUUGGACUUAGAAGUAAACAAAAUCCUCUUACUGACCGUUGGCUUUACAUGUUUCUAUCAAGGUGGCCAGAACUAAAUGUACGUAAACCAAGAAGCUUGGAGGUUGCUAGGGCCAAAUGUGCAACUAGAGUGGCCAUAGACAAGUACUUUGAUCAACUGAAUAACAUUAUGGUCAAGUAUCAUAUUGCUGCCAAGCCUCACUUGAUAUACAAUGUAGAUGAAAAGGGUAUGCAAAUAGAACACAAACCACCCAAAAUAGUGUCUGGCAAACACAACAAAACACAGGCCAUCACUUCUGGAAGAUCUAAAAUUGUAACAUUAAUUGGCUGUGUGAAUGCAGUUGGUCACCAAAUUCCUCCAUAUUUUGUCUUCCCAGGAGCUAGAAUGUUAGAUGAUCUGAUGGAAGGCGCAUCACCAGGUGCUGCGGGCACAGUGUCACUCACUGGAUGGUCCAACACAGAUGUCUUUGAAUACUACAUGAAGCACCAUCUGCUGAAGUACUUGCCACCAAGGUCUCCAAAUGAACCAGUUCUGAUUCUAUAUGAUGGCCACAAAAGUCAUGUGUCACUGAGUUUGAUUGAGUGGGCUAAAGAAUACAACAUAAUUCUCUUUGUACUACCUCCACACUGUAGCCAUCUUCUUCAACCCCUUGAUGUCAGCUGUUUCGGUCCAUUAGAGAUGGCAUGGAAUGCCUUGAUACACAGAUACAUGAGGGAAUCUGGUGGAUGUUUGGUUACAAGGUAUGAAGUUGCCCGGCUUGCAUCCAGGGUGUAUAGUUCCACUCUUACACCAUCCAACAUCCAGUCAGCUUUCAAAAAGAGUGGUAUAUACCCUUUCAACAGGAAUGUAGUACCCGAUCAUCAGAUAGCCCCUUCAACCACCUUCACGGACUCAGAAGCAGAAGUGAACACACCAAUGGUAUCAAACACAAAAGCUUGCGAAACACCAUCAGCUGAACAAUUCUUUGAGCAAAGGGGUGGAAAAAUUCUACAAAAUGUCCAGAAAGCUAAAAAGAGUAGGAACACCUUAAGUAAAAUCAUUGGCGGCAUGGCAAUAACCGAAGAUGACAUACUAGCACAGAUAAAAGCCCACACUGACAAGUAUGGACCCAGCAAAAUAAAGGAAAAGAAGUCUGCUUCAAAAGAAAACAACAAAAAAAGAAAGCAAACGUCGCCAAAAGCUAGUACUUCAAAUAGCGUGAAGAAGCCUAAAAAGGUUUUGGAAUCGUCUGAGAAUUGUGACAGCUCUGAUGAAGAAGAUGUUCCUGAUUCUGAGAAAUGUGUGGUGUGCAAGCAUUUCAGUCCAGAUAGGACCAAACGGCCGUUCAUAAUAAUUGUCUCAUGGGGCCAGUGUGAUCAGUGUUCAGGAUGGGUGCAUUUGUCUUUUUGUACCCAUGUAAAAUCAAUACGAAGAGGUGAUGCAUUCCUUUGCCCCUCUUGUAAUGAUCAGUUGCAAUAAAAUGACAGUCUGAAGAAUAUGUAAAUAUGUUAAAAUAAAUGUUACUUUAAACAGUUUAAACUGUUUUAUCUUUUAUUCAUUCAUUUUAAUAUGAGUUAUACAAAAAAAAAUGAAAAUGAAAAAUGCUGUGCAGUAACUUUUGUUGGGAAGUAUACUUUUUACUGCUUUGAAGGUCAUGGUCGAAUUCAGGUGGUAUGUAACCUAAAUUACAACAUGUGACAGCCG